AUGGGGUUAUCAACUCGUUUCCUCCGCAUCCCGCGGCCUCAGACAUUCCUUUAUGUGAUGAGCCUUCGUACCGGCGCUGCUCUAAUUACACUUUCCUUACUACUCAAUAAAAUCAGCGGUCUCUAUGGUCUGCUCGCUCUUCUGACCGGCUACGACCUUUCUCCAGUACAACUGUCGAUGUACAUUUACUCCCUAAUCGCCCUCGGUCUCGCGACUUUGCUCUUCCCUCAUAUCAGGAAACAAUCUCCCCUACAAUGCCUCGCACUAGCCUACCUCUACCUCUUCGAUAGCAUUAUCAAUGCCGCAUACACGGCUGCCUUUGGGGUAACAUGGUUUCUUGUCGUCUCCCAGCAUUAUGAUAACGGAAACGUGUCCGGCCCGGGUAGUGAGACGAUCUCAGAGACCACCGCCUUUACCAGUCCCAAUCAGGACGAAACCUACGCCGACUCGGUCGAUGGAGCCCACCAUGCCAGAAGCUCCGACGGCCUCAGCAACGCCGUAUAUCAGCCCGAAAGCUUCCAGAGCAUCGUUUUUAUUUGUACUCUGUGGAUAGUCCGUGCCUACUUUGUGUUUGUCAUGCUGGCAUUUGCUCGUCAGUCAUUGCGCCUCUAUAUUGCCGUGCCUCGCCACACCCAAUUGCCAACACACAGCCGCAACGCGUCCAUAGCCAGCGUGGCUAGUGUGGCUGAUAUCGACCGCGAACCCUUCUCGCCGUUUACCCCCGACGGCCAGGGCUGGAGAGGAAAAAUUGGUCGUGCUAUGAUCAGUGUGGGUCGCAAUUACUGGCUUGGAGAAGAUGAGGAAGGUACAAGCUGGAUGAACAACAUGGGCCGCAGGUUUCGCGCUCGUGCCGAGAACACCGAGCUUCCGGGCCCCCUUGAAAGAGAGAGAAGGCGUCGGUCAGGCACCGGUCCCCCGCAGCCCUCUCAGUUAGCUGUUCAGGCUGCCGCGUUGCAACGGCCUGUCUAUGAAGUUCCAGGGAUGAACGUCAAGAUGCAGGAUUGGAGCGAAGGCAGGUGA